UUGUUUGGAGGCUGCCACGCUCUACAGCAGAUCAGGAUCUCAUUUCCUCUUUUCCUUCUGGCUGCACACAGAGCAGGCUCUUGUCUUGCACACUGUCCCUGUUCCUGGUUUCUGUGAAGUCAUGUUGCUGUACCUGGCAGCCCUCGUGGGUCUGUACUACCUCGUGCGCUGGUACCGGGAGAGGCAGGUGGUGAGCCACCUCCACGACAUGUAUAUCUUCAUCACGGGCUGUGACUCGGGCUUCGGGAACCUGCUGGCCAGGCAGCUGGACAUGAGAGGCUUGAGGGUGCUGGCCGCGUGUCUGACAGAAGAAGGGGCCGAGAAGCUGAGGAAGCGGGCAUCAGAACGGCUGGAGACAGUGAUCCUGGAUGUCACCCAGACAGAGAGCAUUGCUGCAGCCACCGAGUGGGUGAAGGAGCGUGUGGGGGACAGAGGACUCUGGGGCCUGGUCAACAAUGCAGGCAUUUCCCCCCGAAUAACAUUAAGUGAGUGGCAGAAGACUGAAGACUUUGUGAAUAUCUUCAAGGUGAACCUCAUUGGUAUGACAGAGGUGACCCUGAACAUGCUUCCCUUGGUGAGGAAAGCGCGGGGGAGAAUCGUCAAUGUCGCCAGCGUUAUGGGAAGAGUUGCUAUGAGUCCUGCAUCCUACAGCUGCUCCAAGUAUGGCGUUGAAGCAUUUUCAGAUGUACUGAGGCGUGAACUGAAAGGUUUUGGGGUGAAAGUCAGCGUGGUUGAACCUGGUAGCUUCAAAACAGAAAUGACGGAUAUGCAGCGAUCCUUAGAGAGAGCGAAGCAAGCCUGGGAUGAAGCACCCAUGCAUAUUAAGAAAUCCUAUGGACAGCACUACUUCGAUACUUGUAAAAAAAGCAUGGAGAAGUUGCUGUCAGCUGGUAGCACAAACCUAUUCCUGGUCACUGACUGCAUGGAACAUGCUCUGACCUCAGCGUAUCCUCGUACUCGAUAUUCUGGCGGCUGGGAUGCAAAAUUUUUCUAUAUUCCUCUGUCUUACUUACCCACACCGUUGGCAGACUACAUACUGACCAGAUCUUUCCCCAAACCAAUCCAGGCAGCCUGAGGAAAUUGCAUUAGUGUCUUUUGGAAUGAACAAUACAAAUUUCUGAAAUUGGUUGUUAGUGUCUCGGUAACCCUUAUUCAGAGCCCAGGCUGUUUGUAACAGUAACUAUUGUUUUUAACCUCAUUUAUCUGGCGUCUAAAUUAGAAAGCCAACACACUCAAAUUGCAGAGAUCUAAAAUUUACUACUUUUGUGAUGAAUUCUUGUGACAGAAUUUGCAGCCAGGUGCACUGGCAUGUGCCUGUAUUCCUGGCUAUUUCCAGAGCUGGAGCAAGAGAACAGCAAGUUUGAGAUCAGAGUGAGCACCUUUGGGAGAGCCUCAGAGAGUAAACUGUAAAGAAUUUGCCAUACAACACAUUAUUAGAUUUUACUUUUAAAAACUAAAAUACAUGCAAAAGAGUAACAAAUAGAUUUAUAGAUGAGCUGAGACUUACAUGAAAAUUAGGCGUAUCAGAAGAAGCAUAAUAAGGUAGUGAAAAAAAUGACUCAAUAAGUAGGAGAAGGCAAGGAUUUUCUUAUACAGAAUAAUAACUCUGGAUUCUCACCCUAUUCCAUGUACUAAGUAAAUCCUAGUGGAAUGUAAACCUAAAUAUGGAAAAGAAAUCUUUUAAAAUCUUCAACAUAAUCCUUUGGAGAUUGAGCAGAGGUAUACUGGAAAUAUCAAGUGAAUUAAUGUUUUUUUAAACUGAGUAUUAGAUUAAUAAGUGUGGAUGAUAUUUAACAUUGUGCACAAAAUAUUGUAUAUCACCAAUAAUUGAUAAGAAAAUGAAAUUUAAAAACAUAUAUUGGUCUAUGUAAUCACAAAUUGUAAGAACUCAUAGCACACACCUAUUAGUAUCUGUGUAAACAACAAUAAACUCUUGCAGAAGGUAAAACACCUGUGUGUACUGCAUUUUUAGUGGUUAUUGUUGUUUGUGUCCAUAUGUUAGUUGUUACUGUUGGGGAUUUUCUUGUUCUCAAAGAUUGUUAUUAAAAAUCGGCUAAAGAAAAUAAGCAAAGAGAAGAAUUCUUUAGCCCACCAAGAGACAAGGUGAAAUGUAGGAUGUGAAGAGGUCACUAUCAUUAGGUAGCAAUACCUUAGUCCUUGGAAAGGUCACAGGUCAAAUAAGAUUGUAAUUUUUCCUCUCUAUGAUUUUGUACCGAGGAGGCAUUUGGUAAAUAUUGGCUGAAUGAAGCAACUGGUAAAAGUUUAAUUAGAUGAAGUACAGAAUGUGCUUUUGGAGAGAGAGGUUCUUGAUAAGUUAAAACUGUGGGAAAAGAAUCAAAAAGAAAUUACUGAAUAAACAAAUUACUGAGCAUGAAUCAGAGCUGAAGAGGGUGAGUUAGUUGUCUAUGCAUGUCUACGAGUUUUUUUUUUCCUGUGACUGCACAGUUUAUAAAGCUGUUAACCUCUGAAUCAUCAUGUAUAUACCUACAAGAUAAUGUAUGCAAAACUUUGAGGUUAGUAAUGAAUAAUAGGUAGCAAAAAUUUUGCAAUCAUUAACAUCUAUGUUAAAUGCCAUAACUUAGAUAUAAAAUUCAAAAAAUAUAGAGUAGCACAUAUAAUAUAAAUCAUCUAUAGUAUAAAAAGAAACUUAUGCCAGCCGGGUGUGGUGGCACAUGCCUGUAAUUCCAGCACUUGGGAGGCUGAGACAGAAGAAUCAUUGCAAGUUCAAGACCAACAUGGUGAAAUUAAGGCCAGCCUGAACUGCAGAGUGAGACCUUGUCUCAAAAAGACAAACAAAACAACAAAACAAAACAAAAUAGAACAAAAAUCAUUUAUGCCUAUUCAGAAUCUACUACCUGUAUAAGUGAAAUAAUUCUAGUUGGUGAGUACCUUAGGAUUGUAAUCAUGUUUUCCAUACUGCAUUUUUGUAAUGGUUGAAUUUUCUACAAUCUUAUUAUUAUGUGUAUGAUUGGAGGAUAUUUAUGUUGAGCACAUUUCUGAUAGCCAGAGAAGCAAGCUGCUAAUCAGUGUCAUUCUUAGGGAGAAGAUGGUGGGAAGGGACGUGGGACUAGCACUGCCCAAAACCUCUGUAAUUAUUUGAGGCCUAGUUGGAGCCCUUUUUACUGUGUAGUUUAUUAUUUAAGAGAGACAGUGAGCAAGCAGCUCUUGACACUGUCAUAUUUUUGCUUCUAGUUGAAAGAAACCAAGUCCUGGAUAUUUCCUGUGGAGGUAUGAUGAUUUGUUUUUCCUAUGGUCAGAGCACACAGUAUCAUAGCACACUGCUCUAGCAGUCAUCACAGUGUAAUGCAAGUGCUAAGUGACUUGGCUAUCUAAAUAAAUUCUAUAUAAAUUCUUAGCUAUCUAAAUAAAUUCUAGACGUCUGGAACAUUUUGAAGACGUUACUGUGCCCUGGAGACUGUACGUCCUUGCCAUAGAGAAGUUUUGAGCAAUUGAAAAAAAACCAUAAUUGUUCAGUUAUUCUUGUUAAAUAGGGCUUGGACAUGGAUAUGUAUUAAGCCUUGUACCUUGGUAAAUGCUAUCCCUAUGUUCUGGGAUGACUUGCCUAGGGAUCGCUCUGCCUGGGAAUUCCCAUGGCUCUUCAAGAGCACUAUUCCCUGAUGGGCCUCUAUUUUCUGGGCACAGACUUACACAUGGAUGUAUAACUUUCUGGAGAGUAUGUUUUCCUCAGUGUAUCCAAUGUCAAACCAAGUAAUAUAAAAAUACAGUAAAUAUUUGUGGAAUGUGUAGAUGUAAACAGAUUUACAGCAUCAAUAUAUCAAAUUGAAAAUGGCAAAUCCUAAUGUAGUAAAAUACAUUAAAUCUAUAUUUUUAGUUUUAAGACAAGUUGUUGAUUUUCAAUUGCUGACAAGGAGCACUGGGGACAAGUGUAGAGAGGGGGACAUGCAUAUUGUAAAUGGAAAAGUCAAUAUGAUGCUUGGAAGACUUUUUCAAACAUGAGAAAAUUUAAAGUUACAGCGUUAUUAGAUAAUGGUGUAUGAUCUUAAAUCCUGGUGACCAAAUAAUUGAUUAUCAUUGCUGGGCUCUUUUAAAAAUGAAAGUCAUGCUGGAGUAAAGUUACAUCAUUUUCAUAGUAUUUCUGGAAAGAGAAAUUAGCAUUCAUCAUAAUAUAGAUAGUAAUUCUUCAAAAAUAAGUUCUGUUAAGAAUAUAACAUAGCUGUGAAUGUUGAGUACAAAGCCUUGUUUAGAUUACUUUUUUGAACAUUGGAAUGCAUGUCAUGGUUUGCAUCUGGACUGUCACCUAAAGGCUCGUGUGUUAACAAAGUCUUAAUCCCCCACUGGCACUGCUGUGAGAAUCUUACACAGUGGUGCCUACUGGGAGGUCUUCUAGUCACUGGGCAUGGAAGGGGGCUAUGGACCUUGGUGUCCUCCUUUUCCUUACCCCCAGGCAUGAUGUGAGUGGUUUUAUUGUGGUAUGCUCUCUCACUCUCUCACAAUGACGUGCUCCUAAACCAACUUGACCAACUAAUUUUGGACUGAACCUUGGAGACUGUAAACAAAAUAAAAAUUUUCUGUUCAUAA